AUGCAUUUAGAGCCGAUUAAUGGGACUGGCACGCCAGUGCCCGGCGAUGUCGAGCAGCGACAGCCGGAGGAGGAGGAGCAGCAGCAACAGCAGCAUCAUGAGGAAAACCUCGGCGAUGCGCCGAAGAAGCUGGCCAUUAUCGGCAUGGCCUGUCGACUUCCAGGCGAGGUGACAACACCAGACGAGUUGUGGGAACUAUGCUCGCGAGCUCGAAGCGCCUGGUCACCCAUGCCAAAGAGCCGAUUCAACGCCGAAGCCUUUUACCAUCCGAACCCCGAUCGACCCGGCUCAUUCAACCCUAAAGGAGCGCACUUUCUACACGAAGACGUCGGUCUAUUCGAUGCGCCAUUCUUCAAUAUUACUCUCCAAGAGGCGCGCUCGAUGGACCCGCAACAUCGCAUCAUGUUGGAAUGUGUUUACGAAGCGUUUGAAAAUGCGGGUGUCUCAAACCACUCGAUUACUGGCAAGGAUAUUGGCGUGUUUGCUGGUGCUUCGUUUCCGGAUUAUGAGGUGAACAACACAAAGGAUGCAGAUUCUAUUCCUAUGUACGACUCGACGGGAACUUCGGUUGCGUUGCAGUCGAAUCGCAUUUCCUAUUACUUCAAUCUUCGCGGUCCUAGUAUUACGGUUGAUACUGCUUGUUCGUCUAGUUUGUCGGCUUUGCACCUGGCUGCGCAAAGUAUUCGAAAGGGGGAAUGUUCGAUGGCGGUUGUGGGAGGUUGUCAUCUUAAUCUUGUUCCUGAGAUGUUUAUUUCUAUGACGCGGUCAAGACUGCUCGCUGAUUCUGGUCGAUCAUAUGCAUUCGAUAAUAGAGGAACCGGAUUCGGUCGUGGAGAAGGAGCAGGAUGCAUAGUUUUAAAGGACCUUGAGGAUGCACAAGCUGCCGAAGACGCCAUCAGAGCCGUUAUUGUCAACACCGGAAUCAACCAGGAUGGUCGGACAAGAGGUAUCGCAAUGCCAAAUGGAGAGGCCCAAGAGGCAUUGAUUCGAGCAGUCUACAAGGAAGCGAAGGUCGACCCCGCCAACACUGGAUUCGUUGAGGCUCAUGGAACUGGUACCAAAGUUGGCGAUCCACUCGAGGCUACGGCCCUGAAUGCUGUCUUUGGAAAAGGACGGACGCCGAAGCAACCGUUACUCAUUGGCUCCAUAAAAUCGAAUAUGGGUCACUUGGAAGGAACCAGUGGUAUUGUAGCUGUUAUCAAAACGGCUUUGAUGCUGGAACGCGGAUUUGUCUUGCCGAACUGCAAUUAUCAAAAGACGAAUGAGGAGAUUCCAAUGGACCAGUGGAAUAUGAAGGUUCCGAAGAAAUUGCAGCCCUGGCCCCGGGGUAAAAACUACGCAAGCGUGAAUAACUUCGGCUUUGGCGGGACCAAUGCCCAUAUUGUCAUGGAGCGUGCCCCUCGUCAUAAAGGCCUAGGCUCGGAGAACACGGAUCCUCUCAAACGGAAGGUGUUCGUUGCAUCCGGUUAUGACAAGAAGGCGGCUCUGGAUACAAUCAAACAACUCGCAACAUACAUGGAUCUCAACCCGUUCAUCUUUAAUGACAGCCUAAUGGAUAAUUUGGCCUACACUCUUGGCCAACGACGGAGUUUCCACCCUUGGCGCGUGGCCGUGGCAUCUUCACACAAUUCGGACCUUAGCGCAUCCUGGGCGAAAAUCCCAGAGCCUGUUCGAUCAUCCCGUGAGCCAUCGAUCGGUUUCGUGUUCACUGGACAAGGCGCCCAAUGGCAUGGCAUGGGCAAAGAACUUUUGAGCACAUACCCCAUUUUCCGGAAGACGAUGCAGGAUGUGGAUACUUGCUUGAAAUCUCUUGGAUCAACUUUCUCCAUCAUUGACGAACUCCUUUUAGAAGACUCAACGGCGAGCAAGAUUUCCGCCGCAUACAUGAGCCAGCCCGCAUGUACAGCAGUUCAACUGGCACUUGUAGACCUUCUUUCGUCGUGGGGUAUUCGUCCCAAGGCAGUUGUGGGUCAUUCCAGCGGAGAGAUUGCUGCCGCAUACGCUGCAGGUGUCUUGACUCUGGAUGAGUGUGUACGCGUGGCAUAUUGUCGAGGUGUGGCUGCCAACAUCGUCGCUAAUGAUGACACUAUCCAUGGUGCCAUGUUGGCUGUUGGUGCUAAAGCCUCCGAUAUCCAGCAGAUCCUAGACGCCAUCAAAGGCAAGCGGGCUGUCAUUGCAUGCGAGAACAGCCAUACCAGUGUCACUCUUUCCGGCGACAAGGACGUCAUCUCAAAUCUACAGGUCGCCUUAGAUAAGGAAGGGAUCUUUACUCGCAUGCUUCACGUUGAUGUCGCUUAUCAUUCCCACCACAUGAAGAGUGUAUCCAAGCAAUACCAAUCGUUGCUCGGAAAAAUUGCCCCCCAGCCAUCUCGCGUUUCAUUCCAUUCGACCGUUUAUGGUAAACUUGUCCCGGGAAGUGUGCUUGAUGCUUCUUACUGGGUUGAGAAUCUUGUCUCGCGAGUUGAAUUCGUCAAAGGUGUGGAGAGUCUGCUCAACACCGAGGAGCCCACAGGACAGAUCGAUACGCUGGUCGAAAUCGGUCCCCAUCCUGCUUUGCAAACACCUACGAAAGACAUUGUCCAUACCCACGCUCCCAACCGCAACAUGCAAUUUGAACAUACUCUGAACAGAAAGUUUGACGCCAUAGAAGCUGUCCAGGACCUCGCCAUCUCCCUCUUUAACUCUGGCAUGAUGACCCUCAACUUUCAGGAGAUCAACUUUCCGAAUCUGAACACCUGUGAACGCAAGCCCGCUAUUUUGACCAACCUCCCCAAGUACCCCUGGAACCAUUCGGAAAGGUACUGGAUUAAUGCCAGGCUAUGCGAUAACCUGUACCGACCUCAAUUUGCCCGAAACGAUAUUCUGGGAAAGCUUUCCAUCGAAAACAUAGAUUUCGAGCCUCGGUGGAGAAAUAUCAUUCGGGCAGACGAUCAUCCAUGGAUCAGACAGCACCGCGUCCAUGACAGCAAUGUAUAUCCCAUGACUGGUUUCUUGGCCAUGGCCAUGGAAGCAAUCUCCCAACAAGCACAGAUCCACCAUCUGAUACCGGGGAAGAUUGAGCUUCGCGAUAUUUUCAUCAGUCGAGUCCUCGCAAUCCCUGACAACGCGACGGUAGAAACAAUGUUAAGUCUGCGCCCUGUGCGACCUGAUGCUCCGGGAAGAGCUGUUCUCGGCUGGCAUGAGUUCAAAGUCUUCUCCUGGGCUGAAGGAAGAGGCUGGGAUCAACAUGUCAGUGGAUUUGUCAUGGUGCAAGAAGCAAAGGAAGCCAACCCCGUGAGCGGUUCCCGGGAAGAAAUGGAAAUAACUGGUUCCAUGAAACGGACGGUGCAGGAAAUCAACUCUUCCUGCGGAACGGCUGUGAAUACGGACACCCUGUAUGAAAAUAUUUCCAGCGGUGGUAUUCACUAUGGCCCUCUCUUCCAAGGCCUGAAGAAUAUCUCCGUCAACACAACGAAGGGAGCUGUCGCCACAAUCGAGGUCCCCAAUACCAAGGAGUGCAUGCCCAAUGAACACGAAACCGACUGCAUCAUCCACCCAGUGACUCUCGACCUCUGCACCCAGACAAUGUGGCUGCUUCAGGGAUUUGGCGAGCCAGGUCCACAUGUGACAUAUGUUCCUUCGCAUGUGAAGCACGUCUCUGUAUCACUGGGCUCCAAGAUUGGUCAUGGCGCUACGCUAAAUGUAUACGGCUCUCAGUUUGGCGUGGAGUCUGCCAGCAGACCUCUGAGCAACCGAAUCUUCGCUACGCACUCUGAUGACCCCUCCCAGAUCGCGGUGGAAAUUGAUGGCAUCACCUUGGUCCCUAUUUCGAAUGAUAUCAAAGGAUCGAAAGACAGUGCGCCAAACCAAAUCUGCUAUAAACUUCACUGGGAGCCCUGUUUUGAAUUUCUUUCUGAAGAUACUUACCGUCAACUCCCGCGACCUGAUGUUAGUGACGGUGGCAAGGGUACUCAGAGAAUGCACCAGCUUGACAGAGUCGCAGAGAAUUGGCUGCGACGCAUGCUGAGCGCUGUUCCCGAAGAGCAAUUCCCUUCUCUGCCACAUCACCUGCAAAGAUUUUAUCGUUGGGCACAGCAAACGUGCAGAGAGGCAGGAAUGGUGGAAGAUUUGCCCGCACAAAUCAUUAAUCAGACGCGUAAUGCGAACGGUGCCGGUGAAUUCAACUGCAAAGUUGGAGAGCUACUCCCUCAGAUUCUGCGCGGCGAGGUAGAUGCACUUACUCUCAUGCUUGAGGAGGAUCUACUCAGUAAAUACUACGAGGACUUGGAUGGACUCCGCGAGGCGUACGCCAAUGCCUCGGUUUGUAUUGACAAGAUCGCUCAUCAGAACUGCGACAUGAACAUCUUGGAAAUCGGUGCGGGAACAGGAGGAGCCACAAUGCCGAUUUUGAAGAGCCUGGGAGGUAACGAGCCAGGAUCAACUCCCCGCUUUGGACACUACACUUAUACCGAUAUCUCACCUGGAUUUUUCGAGAAGGCGAAAUCGAAGUUCGAGGAUUGGGGUCAUCUCAUGACUUACCAGACCUUGGAUGCUUCUACUGACCCCGUUAGCCAGGGCUUUGAGCUUGGAUCGUACGACAUGGUCAUCGCUUGCAAUGUUCUCCACGCCACGCCACAGAUUAACGAGACCAUGGCUAAUAUCCGCUCAUUGUUGAAACCGGGCGGUAAGAUCAUGUUGAUUGAAGAGACUGCAUCAAAACCCCGCCAUUUCCCCUUCGCUCUCUUGCCUGGAUGGUGGCUCGCCAGUGACGAGGUCCGUCCAGAUGGGCCCCUUCUGACCCGUGAAGGAUGGGACGAUGUCAUGAAAGCGAACGACUUUUCUGGGGUUGAUCUCUGCGUCGAAGAAUACCCGGGAGCCUCUUUCCAGUCUGGUUGCUUGAUCAUGUCAACCGCCAACGGUCCCACAGCUGGGCCCACAAACCCUGGAGAUAUCGUCAUUGUGGGAGGUGAGAGCAUUGGAAGCAUUUCCUUCUUGAGUCUUGAGGCCGGCCUGGCCGAUGCAACUGGCGUGAAGCCGACAAGCGUAUCUGAUCUCGAAUCGGUUGACGUGUCUGGAAAAUGGUGCAUCUUCCUCGGUGGCAUGGAUCAGUCAUUAAUGUCCCACCUUACACCCGAGAACUUCCAAGAGCUCCAACGCCUGAUGAGUCGUGCUCGUGGUCUCCUAUGGAUUGUGCGUCAUACCAACCUGGAUCGUCAAUCUCUUGGGGCAAACAUGAUUGUUGGAUUGGCUCGCACCGUUCGGUCCGAAACCGGCGUGCCUUUCGCAACGCUCGACCUGGGAGAAAAGGAGAGCAUGUCAGAUGCUCAAGCCGUCCACCACAUGCUAAAUGUCUUCAAGGGAGUCUACUGUCACAAAUCGCAACUGAUGCAGAGUGACAUGGAAUUCGUUGUCCGCGAUGGCCACAUUUGUGUUCCCCGUCUGAUCGACAACCAUCAACUCAAUAUCAGCGUUCAACAAGAAACAGCGGAUGCACCGCCAGCAUUACAACCAUUCAAGCAAGCGGAUCGUCCACUCCGUCUCACUGCUGGAGAAAGCCGGACUUUGGAUGAAAUGUACUUUACCGAUGAUGAUGCCCGUAACGAUCCACUUCCCGCAGAUUACGUUGAGAUCAGAGUCACUUGCACAGGUCUGAACUUCCGCGAUGUUCUUAUGGCGAUGGGCCAGCUUCGUGGAGACAAGCUAGGCCAAGAGUGCAGUGGUGUCGUCUCAAAGGUUGGCUCGGCAGUGACCAAUUUCGCCACGGGCGAUCGAGUCUGUGCCAUGUCACCCGGCUCCCUCUCGACAUACACACGUUGUGCAGCAUCGUGCGCAUGGGUCAUCCCAGAUGAUAUGUCAUUUGAGAUCGCAGCUUCGAUUCCAGCGGUAUUCUGCACAGCAUACUAUUCUCUUGUUGACUUGGGUCGUCUGGUGCAAGAUGAGACUGUUCUCAUUCAUGCAGCAGCCGGUGGUGUUGGUCAAGCCGCCAUUAUCAUUUCUCAAAGCAUCGGUGCCAAAAUCUAUGCAACAGUCGGAAGUAUAGAAAAGAAGAAAUUCUUGAUGGACACCUACAAUCUCAAGGACGAGCAGAUCUUCUUCAGCCGUGAUACCUCAUUUGCUGAAGGCAUUCGCCGGGCCACUGACGGAGAAGGUGUGGACGUUGCCCUGAACUCCUUGAGUGGCGAUGCCCUACAGGCUACAUUCGAGUGUAUCGCACCGUUUGGUCGAUUUAUUGAGCUUGGUAAGCGAGAUAUCACGACUAACUCGCGGCUUGAGAUGUCCCACUUCAAUGAGAACGUUUCGUUUGCAUCGGUGGACUUGGGCAUCGUGAGAGAAAAGCGACCCAAGCUUCUGAAGCGACUCUUCCGUAAUUCCUUCCAGAUUUUCGCCGACUCCCGAGCUCAGUCGCGCUGGCCCAUUACUACACUCCCGAUAUCUGACGUGGAAGCUGGCUUCCGUGCCCUGCAAGGCGGUCAGGUUAUUGGCAAGAUGGUUGUCUCGAUCACGAAUGAUUCUAAGGUCAAGGUAUACCCGGCACGGAAAGAAGAAAAGCUUCUUCGACCAGAUGCUACCUACAUCGUUGUGGGUGGAACUAGUGGAAUCGGUCUUGAUAUUGCCAGUUGGAUGCCACAAAAGGGCGCCCGCCAUAUUGUGCUUGUAUCCCGAAGCGGUGCGGCAACUGAGCUGGCUCAGAACACGAUCCACGAUCUGAAGCAACAAGGCGUGACUGUAGACGUGUGCCGCUGUGACAUCUCCAGCCAGCAAAGCGUUGAAGAGAACUUGUCUCCACUCCUCGCCGAGCUACCUCCUGCUCGAGGUGUUGUAUACGGUGCGAUGGUUCUUCGAGACAUGCUUUUCGAAAAGCAGAGUUUCGACGACUACGAUACAGUUAUGAGACCCCGAGUACACGGAAUCUGGAACUUGCAAAAUACCCUGCAAAACCUGGAGAAGGGGAACCUCGACUUCUUUGUUACACUUUCAUCAGCAGCCAGUUUUGUCGGAAAUAUGGGCCAGGCAGCAUACGCAGCCAGUGGAACAUUCAUGGCCGCUCUCGCUCAAUACUCGCAGGUCUCAAACAUUCCCUGCACAACAAUCGACCUCCCCGUUGUUCGUGGUAUUGGAUAUCUCUCAGAUGACAAGAAACGCGAACAGAUUUCCUCUCAACUGGGAACAGAGUCUGUUUGUGCAGCUGAGAUCCGCGGCCUUGUCGCCGCUGCCAUUCGAAAGGAAAUGCGUGAUACCUGCGCAGGCCACUGCGUAGUAGGAUUCGAUGGUGUCAAGAAAUAUCCUGCUAGCGAGCAACCAUUCUGGGUCAACGAUACCAAGCUGUCGCACUUGCUACGCGUGUCAACUCUCGCAGGCACAGGCGACUUGGUCGAUGCCGUGCAGUCCAACACCGAGAUAUCACCUGCAUCCGCAAUUCGCCAAUCUCGCGGCCGUGAGAGUGCUGAAGCCGUUACGGUCAACGCUCUUGCGCAGAAAAUCUCAAGCAUUCUCAUGCGUCCCAUGGAGGAUAUGGAUCCUUCAGCACCCAUUUCAGUUUACGGUCUUGAUUCAUUGGUUGCGAUUGAAAUUAGAAACUGGAUCACUCGAGAGCUGGAGGCCAAUCUUCAGAUCCUCGAGAUUCUAACAAGUGAUUCCUUACAUGCACUUGCGGAACAUAUUUUGAGAAAGUCGGGUAUUCUCACUGCUGAAAUGAAGGCUGAGUGGGGGUUGGAUGUUGCUGAAGUACGGAAUGGCGUUGAGUGA